AUGCACUGCAACAACUUCUCCGGGACUGUCUUCCCAGGAUGCUACUGGGGCAGCUAUGGCUACCCCCUGGGAUACAGCGUUGGCUGUGGCUACGGCAGCACCUACUCCCCAGUGGGCUAUGGCAUGGGCUAUGGCUACACCGGCUGUGGACCUUACAGAAGAUACUGGCCAUUUGGUCUUUACUAA